CUCAUUCUAAACGCUCUGCUUUGCAAGAUUUGACCUCUGAAAUUCUUCUCCAGCAGUGCUGACAAGGGGACUAUGGUAAUCGGGUUUAUUGGAAGAAUUUGAAGGAUCAUAUCCAAAGAGAUCCACUGUUCUAGGAGUGUGCUGUCCUUUCUUUAGCGGAGGUUUCCAAAAUAAGGAUACCUUGGUCGCAUUGGGUGUAUCGCUAUUUGUACUUUCUGCCCGUGUUCCUCAGGAAUUUUGAUGUCGUGUACGCUUGCGACCUUACUCUCUCGUUCGUUGCUCAUAACGUGCUUGGUGUGUAGUCAGAGGGUGGCAUUGCUGGGAUUCCUUAUAAGGCAAUGGCCUCUCAAGAGGAUCUGAAUCACCUGCGCAAACUCCUUCGCAGCAGGCUACCUGAUGCUGACUAUUCCCUCUUCAAAACGGAGCAUCUGCAGCUCCUGGUAGAGAAAGGAUACAACUCUACAGAAGUUCUCAAACUGGUCACAGUGAGUGAUUUGCAAGGACCUCCCGGCGCAGCUCUGCCCCAUCUUUGGGCGCGAAUAUUGAUCAAAGCUUUCCAGCCAGAUUCUGGGCGAAGUGCUGAGUCAUCACCAAGCGCAGACCCCUUCUGGCCCGACCCUCCAACAGGUCCUCCCAAGCACAACUUGGGCAGCUUAGCCGUACAAACACUGAAGGUGCAUUCAGAGGAUGGCGAUACAUGGGUGCUGUUGUUUCGUGACAAAGCGAGGGAGAUAUAUGUGGAUCCUGGCGGCAAUGUGGAGGCCAUCGAGCGGUGGCUGUGCAAAGGAGUGGAACACUGGUUUCGCCUGCCGCAGGACAACGCUGUGAUACACCCUGGGGACGGACGGCCGGUGCUGCUGUUUCUGAGUGGCCUGAGGAAGACGGGCAAGAGCUUCACCCUCGGUACCAUCUUGCCAUCAGUCAUCGCGCAACAUGAGCGUUUUGGCGUCGGGAAGCCAUGCGAGCCGCUUGUCUUGUUCUUGAAUGGCCGUUCCCUCGCACGGGCAGGGAACGCACGAGAGCUCUUGCAAGAAAUUUCAGGAACGCUGAUAAUGCAAUUGGUAGACCUCAAUGUCCCGGUUGAUCCACUUAAGUGGAAUCAGGCUUGCAGGAGCUGGGGCACUCGUGAUUUUACAUUGUCAGGAAGCAUCAUUGCUCUGCUGGAGGCCACAAGAUGCCCUCUGCUCAUCUUGUUUGAUGAGCUAGAGGCCAUGUUGCUGCCUCUGUACUCGAACGAUGCCGCCUUUGUCUUGGACAUGCAUCUGAAGCGGCUCCUUAUUUACGGGCCCCGCCAUGUCCUGUGGGCAUUGACGGGCUACUCCAGGGGUUGUGUGUGGAUUGCCCUUGAGAAAAUAAGUACUAUCGGGCAGGAUUUGGUAGAGCACUGCUUGGAAGUGCACCUGCCAGCUUCCUACACGUCCCAGCACAUGGAGCUGGUCUGGAGGGAACAAGUGGCACAGCGCGGACCCCUGCCGGAGGAUAUUUUCAAGGGCUCAGAGCCCACCCCCGCGUUCUUAGUCAAUGCAAUUAAGGCAGGUCAGAGCAGGACAGCGACUAACAGCAGCGCGCCUGUGCUGCCCAGUCAGAGCCAGCCCGGCGCAGCGCCACCCAAGGCCAGCAGCGGCCUGAGGUUGACUGGACCGCCAAGUCGCCGCCGAUCAGUCACGGCGCCACAAAUAUUUACACUCUCUGGCGGUUCCAAAUCAGUGCGGCAAAGGGGGAGUGCGGUGGAAUAAGACUCCGCCUGCAGUUGCUUUGCGGUCCUGGCAGUGGCGUUUGGUGUAGUUGGCUGAGUCUGGAGCUUUGUUGCUGCACAAUGGAAGCAGUAGGCAGUUGGCAGGGAGCAGCAAGGCACAGCUGCUCUUGAGCAAUUUACUUGUUGCCACCAGUCAAUAUGAUACCCCCACACAUUUUGGCUGGCUUGCAUGGAAAUGUGUGCGAAGGCUGAACGAAACAUACUGUGCAUCCUACACCACAUGCCCAAGCAUGUUGAUGCAGAUGUCAUCAAUGUUUGAAGCGAUGUUUGAAGCGACCUUUGAAGCUCAGGGAGCAUUUUGUAGGACAGAAUCCUUAAUGUUUGCUUCAUCAUUUAAUCUAUGACGUUAUGUG